UAAGCAGCGCGCGCGCGUGCCGGACGCCGCGGGCCCGACUCCAGGCCUCGGUGGUGCUCUCCCAGCUGCUCCCUCGGCGAGCCUGCGGGCGGGCGCCCAUCCGCCAGGAGAGCCCGUCAGACCGGUAGCCGAUGCCCAGACUGGACGACCACCCCUGGAGCGGUCCCUGCGUGAAGGGCGCGAAGCGCAGAAGCCACCUGGGGGCCAGUGCCGGAGGGCUGGCGGCCAAAGUGGGAGACAUGCGCAUCUCCUCGGGGUCAGGCCCCUCCCCGCCGGUGGCCCACAGCGCCCGGGGCGACCCGGCUCCCGGGCCCCAGCGCCGUGGUGUGGGGGGCCGUGGCGGCAGCGCCCACGCCAGCUGGCACCACCACCUGGUGCAGAGGAGCCUGGUACUGUUCUCAGUGGGGGUGGUCCUGGCCCUGGUGCUGAACCUGCUGCAGGUCCAGAGGAAUGUCACCCUGUUCCCCGAGGAGGUCAUCGCCACCAUCUUCUCCUCCGCCUGGUGGGUCCCUCCGUGCUGCGGGACGGCAGCUGCUGUCGUCGGCUUGCUCUACCCCUGCAUCGACAGUCACCUUGGAGAACCGCACAAGUUUAAGAGGGAGUGGGCCAGCGUGAUGCGCUGUGUGGCGGUCUUUGUUGGCAUCAACCACGCCAGUGCUAAAUUGGAUUUUGCCAAUAACGUCCAGCUCUCCUUGACGUUGGCCGCGCUGUCUUUGGGCCUGUGGUGGACAUUUGACCGGUCAAGGAGUGGCCUUGGGCUUGGGAUCACCGUCGCCUUCCUCGCCACCCUGGUCACUCAGCUGCUGGUGUACAACGGUGUCUAUCAGUACACGUCCCCAGAUUUUCUCUACAUCCGCUCCUGGCUCCCGUGCAUCUUCUUCUCGGGAGGUGUGACAGUGGGGAACAUAGGACGACAGCUGGCCAUGGUACGUAAUGUCACGUUCACACCCAACUGUAGCUCUCGGCUUAAUCGGCCUGGUUUACAUGGUACGUUAUGAUUCGUGUUGAUAAAUGUCUAGGUGAGACUCAAAAGGAACAAUUAAUCGGAAAAGUGCAUAUUAAAAAAAAAAUAGGUACAACGGCCAGGUAAUUCUUUGCUGAAUUAUAAAGGUUCAGGGAUUUGUAAGCUCACAGUGAGCGCUACAGAAGAACUAGAGUUCCCCUCAGGUUAUAGAUGAGCUGCAGCUCCUCCAGUAACUGGCAGAGGAAAUGUGCUGAAUGACUGAAUGCUUUAUAGUGGGAAACCCUGCCAGGCCAGGCCCAGGAGAGCGUGGACGGGGCAGGAGGGGCUCAGCAUCCUUGGGGAUGCAGAGCCUGGCCUGGACCCUGUCUAAUAACCAAAGAGAGAGAAAGGGACCCCUGCACGGAGCCAUUUCUUGAGAGCCGGAAAGGCAAAUGGGAUCCGCAUAACUGAGUUCUUUUCGGGAGUUAACGGUUGGCACUUGAGCACUUUGAUGAAAGGUGGACAUUUAACUGUUGAAUUUCGAGUCGACUUGGACUCGAAGGCUUAAUUAAAAUGAACUAAAAGAGUAACCAGAAUCUUAUAGGGGCCAUUUCUCUCAGAGACACUCUGGGGCUUUCUCUGAAACGUGUCUUGGUCCCUCAUGCUGUUUGUUCGUUUCCUCAUGCACUUUUUAAAAACUUUCCUGUAUUCGUGCUGGUCCUGGCUUGGGAGAGCUGAAUGUGAAGGCUGCUUAGUUAUUUCACAAAAAUGCAAGUCAUUUCAAAAAGGUAGACUUGGUCAUGUGUCCCUAGGUUCUGGGCCCAGAUCACCCUGCCUCCCACCCCUGAGUGAUUCUCUGUGGACCUGCUGCCAAAGGAAGAGACAACUGGAAACUGCGUUUCUGGGCCCUGACGCGCAUUGGAGGGCCUGGCUCUUCUACGCUCUCAGUGGCCACAGUCUCGUGAUGCCCUGUGCUGCUCCUCCAGCCACGGGCUCCUCCCUGGAGUCCCUGUGGUUCAGAGUAGGACGGGGCAGCCCCAUGAUCGCAUCCUGCUUGGAGGGUUUUAUUUCAGUGCCAUUUAGCGGAGGAUUCCUAAUACGGUUUUCAAAGGAAGUUGUCUUCAACUCCUGUGACUCUUGUGGAGUUAACGUGGACAGCAUUCACCCAGCUGGUUAUGCGGGAGGCUGGGCUGACACUGGCAUGUGUUCACGAUGAAGGUUUUUAACCGGUUUUAGUAAAUAAGCAUCUUUUUGAUAGAGGUGGACCCUGCGCCUCAUGCACGCACUCCCAGCACCUAGAAGUGGUGGAAGGGCACUUCCUCUACAACGCCACUGAGCGAGUGAAGGAGGUCUUACCAGCCAUCCUUCCAUCUUUGUUCUAGGCAUUUCCAUUUUUGAAAAGAUAAGUUUUAAACAUAACUUGAUAGUUGGCAUAACUGUAAUUCUUACGUAAGCUUUUUCUACUUUUUCACACUUUAAAACUGGGGAAAACUUGCACCUGGAUGUUACUCUUGUGUCUGGAAACUGGAGGAGGGUGGUGAGCACCCUAGGUCAUCGAAGGAGACAGCCGUCCCGGGUCUCUGCGCCCAGCCCGCCUGCCCCAUUCACAUCCGUGAAGGUUUAAACCCUUCCGCCUGGGUCCUGGGGGAAGGGCCGCGGGCAGCCUCCUCAGGUGUGGAGCCGGAAGCCCGGCCGCUGCGGCUUUCCCCCACUCCCCCGCUGGCUGCUGCACCUGGCGGGGUCCUCGGAAAACACGCGGUAGCGAGUGACCGCUGCUGGCUGCUCCAGGGGAGGAGAAGAGCGAAGUCCCUUUCUCCAGGUUUCCAAACCCAGCCGAGGGCACAGUCCGUGUGAAUACAGGCAGAGUGAUCACAGGUCGUGUCACAGCUGCAUUUCUGCCAGAGGUCAGGCGAGUGAAUGAGGGAGCUAUGUCUGCUGCAGUUGCUGGAGGCCUGAGAGUGAGCAGCGGGUUGAAGUAGGUCAGGUCCAAGGAACCUGUUGGUUGGGUUGGCAGAGGUGUGCAGCGCUCGCUCCUGUGUGGGCAACAGGAGAGGGGGAGUGUGAAGGAACCAAAGUGGCCAUUUCCGAGAAGCAGAACUGCAGGGGGUUUGGGGGUUUUUCCUGUUUUGCAUUUUUUAAAGUAACAGCUCUUCUUUAGCUGACCCUUGGACGCAUGGGUUGGGGCACCAACCAUCCAAGAAGCUGAAAAUCUGAGUGUAACGGAUGAAUCCUCCGCAUCCGCGGAUUCACCAGCCGGGCCGGGUAGCCCUGUGGUGCUUACUAUUGAAAAAUCCACAUGUAAGUGGAACCUUGCUCUUCAAACCCAUGUUGUUCAAGGGCCAGCUGCACUUGCAGAGCCAGAAGCACGGAGGUGUGCACAGCAGCUCACGGCUGCGGGCUCUGGAGUGGGGGGUGUGCAUCGGGAGGUGGGGGCACCUGCUGCUGUGCCCUGCAGAGGGCAUGGCGGGACUGUGGUCCCUCUGCCCCUGCACCGUGCUGUCUGUUUACCGGGAGAAGGCCUUGGCCUUGGGUUGUGGAUGGCAGGGUCCCCCCCGGAGCUCCCAGACCCUCAGCCCCACGCCGGCAGCCGCUUCCCCAAGCCUGUCCAGCCGGGCUCUGCCUUUUUGCUUCUCUCGUCUUCCAUCCUUCAGAGUUUCUGUAAAUGAAUCUCCCCUGUAAGUAGUAGAGAAUCUUAAUGAAAAAUCCACCUUUGUCCAACAGGAAUUACGUGGCCUUCACGUCCAAUUCAGUUGACUUCCGAACCUUACAGCCUACCCCUCCUCUUAACAAAUCCUACGUCCCCUUUGGCUUGAACUAAAGAUGCUGCCUUUCAUGCCAUUUACGUGGGUCGAUAGAUGCUGUUGCAGAAGCAAAAAGAUAAGUGAAGUGCAAAAAAAAAAAAAAAAAGAUAAGUGCAUGAAGCCAAAAUUGUAUUUUUCGUGAGAAUAGAAUUGAAAGUGUAGGACAUCACAUUUGCUGCAGGUUGUCAGGGCUGAAGAAGGAAAAAUACGUUUAUAAUAAGGUUUGUUUUAGAAAGCUGUGACCCCCCAUAACAUUGAGAGUCCCUGCCCACCUGGAGUCUCUCCCAGGGCCUUUUGUUGGGGGGGCGUCCCCACCAGGCAGCAGCAGGUGGUUGUGAUGCGCUGGAGCAGGGGCCUGGCAGUAAAACGGUGUGCAGGUGUGGCCCCUUCCCUCCUCCACCCGCCUGGGCACCCACUGCCCAGACCCCAGUCCUCUGGGGGAGGUCCCGGGCCUGGGCUGCUGGCACGCUGGCAUGUGUGCCCUGCACGUCUUGCAUUUGUGUCCCACAAUUGUUAACGUAUGUUCCUCCUCUUUGUGGAGUCUUGAAAGUGUAGGCUGGGACAGAGUGGCACCUUGCUAGAAUUUUUCUCACCCAAGAAAGUCUUUAAAAAGAGCAAAAGUUUAGCAUUUUCUUUUUAAAGGAGUGAGAAUGUUUAAGCUAAGUCUUAAAAUUUUCUUUCUUCAAAGAAAGGGGGAAAAUGAACAGCUUAUUUGUGAAGGUGAGCUUACUCUUUGUUCAGCAUUUGAAAACUCAUUUCUAUCCUUAAAACCCAGGAAAUGGCUCAGAGCCUUAGCAAUGGGAUUGGUCGGCACCCCCGCUUUCUUUCCUCAGGCUAGGCCCUUAGGCGGAAGGUGGGUCUGACGUGGUGUUUUAGGGGCAGCGUUGAAGAAUGAACUCUUGGUUUAAAACGUCACCAAGUAAGGCUUUUGUGGUGCCACGUGAUUCAAGUGAAGCAGUCUGAAGGUGGAGACCAAAGUGGGCGUGGUCAGCACAGUGACCAGAGCUGCCCGCGUCCAGCCCACAGGCUCCCAGCACUGCGGCACCCCUCCCCCUCCCCCUCCCGAGUUCCCACCCUUAAAAGAAAUGUGAUUCCUGGCAAGGGCAGCCAUGCCCCAAACCUACAAGUCGGCUUUGCUUAAACGUGCAGUGGUCUCAGCAGCUUUUUCUACGUGGUGUUUAUCAUCAGCCUGUUUGUUUACAAGAAAAUGAGUCAUGGACGUCCCUGGGCAGUCCAGUGGUUAAGACUCCGCACUUCCGCUGCAGGGAGCAUGGGUUUGAUCCCUGGCCAGGGAAGUUCCUCAUGCCUUGGCCAAAAAGAAAGAAAAAAAAAGAAAGUGAGUCUAUAGCAUCCUUUUAUAGAAUUUGUACCUGUUGCUAUUUGUAGCUUAAAGUCUUUUCUCAGAAAAAAGUAAGGCUUCCAGCUGCCACAGCAAGGAGUGUGGCCCUGCUUCCUGGAGCCCAGGCCCCAGACACCUGGUUCCAGGUGCGCUUGCCCGGCAGGUAGAAUUCAGUGUGCCUUUCCUGUUUGCGACUGGUAGUGGUAAGACAGCGCUGCUGUCGGAGGGCUGCGGGGAACCAGCACGCCCGCGCUCCAGGUGCUGUGCUGCGUGUCUGCAGUGUCGCUGAUGUGCCCUGCAGCAGCAUGUGGAGGGAGUGCCUGUUCAGGAGGCUGACCGCCUGCCCGGGCGGGCGCAGGGGCGCUGGAGCCGGGGGCUCUCCUUGCGCAGCCCCGUGACCUCAGGAGGGUCAUCUGGUCUUGGAGCCGCGCCUCCCGUGGAGCACCUGUCCUCUGGAGGACCCACCAGGCCGGGCCUGGACAGCGUGACACGUGCAGGUCAGCGAGGAAGCGUGUGCGGACGCGGCUCCUGAGCGCCCCCCGCCCCCCCAGGCAGCGGUAAGAUGGUGGCGGGGCUGUCUGCUGCUCCACGGCUCUCAGCUCCGUCGUCUCAUCCGACCCAAAGGAAUUUUCCAUCUUUCACGUUUUAGGAUCCACUUAGUUGCUAAUCAGAGUUUGAAAUCAUUUAGUGCUGACUUUCUCGUGCUCUUUUUUCUCUUUUUACAUGCAGGGUGUUCCUGAAAAGCCACAUAGUGAUUGACUCUUCAAACCCGCUGGUCCUGAAGAAUGGCAAGACGUGGGAAGAGAAUGUGUGUACUGGAUUGUGACAAAGAUUAUCAUUUUUCCUCAAUGAUCUUUUCAGAGUGGGCUGGCUGUACAAGUGACCCCUGGAAAACACGUCUCCUGUUUAGAGUAGCAGAGCGGGCAGGUGCCACCUGUGCCGAGACGGC